AUGAGUCAGAAGACAUCAGCGGGCGUAGGAGGAGGAGGAGGAGGAGUUGCUGGCGGUGGCAAGAUUAAGACAGCAUCGACGACGACUGCGGCAGCAGCAACAACGUCUACCAGCGUCAGUCAAAAGCAGUCUAGUGAAGCAAUCGGUUCAACGGCAGCGCUACCGUCAUCCUCAGAUGGAGCGCGUACAAAGUCAACACAUUCCUCGGUAAGAUCGUUAAACUUUGACGAUCCGGAGCUACUUCUACCGGUGGUGGGAUCGGCCGCCUGCCGCAAAACAGAAUCCGCACCUAAAGAACGCAAGGAUAGCGGUGGUGCGCUAGUGCAAAUGGGAACGAACUCGCUUGCCGCCAGUGCGGUCAUAUCCGCAUCAAAGCCACCACAUUCGAAACCGCAUCCGGAGGAAGUAAAACCGGGUACGGGCACAACCAGCCAACCGUCGGCGAUCGGCAGUCCAGGUAAAAUGGGUUUGAAAAAGUCAAUACAGCAUCAAGGUGCCUCGCUGAAGCACGAGCAUCAUGAUUCGACGCUGGGCAAGCCAACCCUGCUAAAGGCAUCCUCCGUACCGGCUCCAAGUUUCGUCGGUGCACCGGUAGCAUGCUCGUCGCCGCUGGGCGGCAAAUCAUCGGCCAGUGUAUCGCCCCACCAUGUAGCGCCCGUGUCGCCUCAACCACUGACCGCCCCUGUGAUAACGACGAUCGCCGCAGCGUCUCCGACGACAACCGCCAUCGGUUCGCCGCUAGUCGGCACUACGGUAUCGCCGUCCGGCGUUGUAAUGCGCACCUCUUCCGGCUCCAGCCUACACAAAUCGGCCUCAUACCGCAAGUCAUCCUACAAGCCGCAACACUCGCACUCCCUGCGCUAUUCCGGCAGUGGCAGCGACAUCUCGAACUUGGUGCGCGUGCGCAACUCCACCCUCGGCAAUUCCGCGCCAACGCUCUCGUUGAGCGCGAAAGAGAACGGCGGGUUCGGGCUCGGCGCGCUGGGUGGUGGUAGCUUUUUUGCCGGCCAGAAGCGGCCGGCCUCGUCGUCGUCCUCGUCGGCGGCCGCCGCCGCCCGGAGUGCGGCCGUUGCGCGGCAUCGGCUCAGCUUCGUUGCGAACAUUUCGCCCCGAUCUCACUCACCCAUUCCCGCUAGUCCCAUCGAUAGUCCGCGCAUCAACUCGCCCAGUAUUAUGCAGUUUCCGUUUAUGCCGAUCAAGCGUAUCGCAUCGACGGCUGCGUCCAAGAGCUGCGACAGUCGGCGCUGGUCGGUCGCCUCGCUACCAUCGUCCGGGUAUGUGACGACACCCGGGAGCUCCAACAUUUCCUCGCAGUGCUCGAGCCAGGAACGGUUGCACCAGUUUCCGGCCGUACCGACCAACGACGAUCUGCAGCUGCUGUCGCUGCACUUUUCGUCGAACGAUAGCAAUCCGAGCUUGGGCGAAGGGCGAACCCAUCACAGUCACCAUCACCAUCAUGGUUACCAUCAGCAGCACCAUCAGCAUCAUUCGCAUCACCCGAUGGUACCGCCGGCGCACCAUCACGCUCUCCAGCAGCAGCAGCAGCAGCAGCAGCAGCAACAUCUUCAUCACCACCAUUUUCAUCAUUCCCUGCCGGCAGGAGGAGCCGGAACACACCAAGCAUACUCACAUCAGCAUCCACUGGCGAUGGGUGGCGCACCCAUUGGGCCGGGCAGUGGAGGAAUUGCGUCGUCGAUCUCACCCCAGACUUCAAGUUUCGGAUCAGUUUCAAGCAGCGGUACGCUUUACCAACCGCAGCAACCGCUCAGCCUGCAAGCACACGUGGGCUAUCCACCCGGACCGGCAGGAAGCAUCACGAAUCAACCCCAAACCGGACAGCUGCCACAUCAACACUGCCCGAUGAAGGCCACCGUGGGAUCUUCCGGUUCGGGUAGCUGUGGUGGCAGUGGCCCUACCGGGAAGGAUGAAAUGAAUAACUUUUGCGGGUGCCGUUCACCGAUUCAUCGACCGCGUUCGCGCAGUCUCAGCAGUCCGAGCCAUUCGCCGAUUACCGAUAGUGAAAUCUCGAUCAUGAACACGUUCUACAAGGAGCGCUUCCCGAAGGCGACCCAACAGAUGGAGGAGCGAUUAAGUCACUUUAUCAAUGAAAACAAAACCAUCAUUAACGACAGUGCGCGCAAUUCGCAACCGAUCGUGCGCUUCGUGCAUCAUCAGGUGCUGGAAAUGGCACGCGAUUGUCUAAACAAAUCGCAGGCGAAGCUGAUCACGUCGCGGUAUUUCUACGAGAUGAGUGAAAAUCUCGAACGGCUGCUGAUGGAGACGAAGGAAAAAUCACCCGAAGCGGCACCGGAGAUUACCGGCGUGAUCAAGAAGCUGCUUCUGAUAACCUCCCGUCCCGCUCGGUUGCUCGAGUGUUUAGAGUUCGAUCCGGAAGAGUUCUAUCGAUUGUUGGAGGUAGCGGAGGGACAGGCAAAGGUAACGCAAGGCAUCAAAGCGGACAUUCCACAGUACAUUAUACAGAAGCUUGGACUAAACCGUGACCCGAUAGCGGAGCUGCAGGAAGAACUCAACAUAGAAACGGCAUCGCUGAACUCCAGCGUGAAUUGUGCCGAUUUGGAGGAGGAAGCCGAACAGGAGGAGCUGGUCGAUCGACGAUCGCGGCUGCGCAGCAAUAGAAGCGCACGUGCCGACGACAGUGAGCUUGCGGAUGCCAACUCAUCGAUCGCGAGUGAUCAUAUUUCCCGUGGCGCCGACGACAUGACGUGCUCCACACCGAAAGGAUCGGGAUCUUCAAGUUCCGCGGGUAAUAGUGCGGCUAGCAGUACCAGCAAUGUCCUAAAUAACAAUGCUGACCAAGGCAAUACCAUGGUGGGAGGUACUGCAUCAGCCACGGGAACAGCCGGCGCAGUGGGCAAGAGUUUUAAAGCACGCUCCAACAACGCUGUUCCGAACGAGAAGGAUUUUGACAUACUAAAGCUGAUCUCUAACGGUGCUUACGGUGCCGUGUAUUUGGUAAAGCACAAGCAAACUCGCCAACGGUUCGCCAUGAAGAAGAUCAACAAGAACAGCUUAAUGCUGCGCAACCAAGUGGAGCAGGUGUUUGCCGAGCGGGACAUCCUUAGCUUCGCCGAUAAUCCUUUCGUCGUUAGUAUGUACUGUUCGUUCGAAACGAAGAAACAUCUCUGCCUGGUGAUGGAAUACGUUGAAGGUGGUGACUGUGCGACACUGCUGAAGAAUAUCGGACCGCUGCCAUCGGACAUGGCACGGUUUUAUUUUGCCGAGACGGUCCUAGCGGUCGAAUACCUGCACAGCUAUGGCAUCGUACACCGUGAUCUGAAACCGGACAAUCUUCUCAUCACCGCACUUGGGCACAUUAAACUAACGGACUUUGGGCUUUCGAAGAUGGGACUGAUGUCACUCGCUACGAAUCUGUACGAAGGCUACCUAGACAGCGAGACAAGACAGUUUUCGGACAAGCAGGUAUUUGGCACCCCGGAAUACAUUGCGCCAGAAGUGAUCAUGCGCAAGGGCUACGGUAAACCGGUGGACUGGUGGUCGAUGGGCAUCAUCCUUUACGAGUUCCUGAUAGGCUGUGUGCCAUUCUUCGGCGAAACCCCCGAAGAGCUGUUCGCCCACACGGUAAACGACGACAUCGAGUGGCCAGACGAGGACGAUUGGCCACUGCAGGAGGAGGCAAAGGAUCUGAUCACCGUGCUGUUGCAGCAGAACCCACGCGAUCGGCUCGGUACCGGUGGUGCACACGAAGUGAAAGAACACUGCUACUUUUACGGGCUCGACUGGAACAAUCUGCUGCGCCAGAAGGCGGAAUUUGUGCCGCAGCUGGACAACGAAGAGGACACGAGCUACUUCGAUACGCGCGUCGAUCGGUUCAAUCACGAGAUCUGCGGUGACGAUACGGACGAGAUGGAGGAUUCACCGUUGUUCGGUUCAUUUAGCUCGUACUCGCCGCAGUAUCGCAAGCAGCACAGUCUCUCCCAGGCGUCCAUCAAUUCGAGCGGCAACUUUGGUGGCAGCACCGGCAGUCGGAUAAGUGGUGGGAUUGGAAGCGAAAUUGGAUCAAUUGCUGCCGCAAUACCAUCGGUAAUUGUACCAUCCAACACCGCCACUCUACCGCAGGCACCGCCAUCUUCUUCAUCGUCGGGAUCUUCCGUUCCGGACGCGAUUGGAAUGCCUCGCGAAUCGAGCGGCUCGGUAACGAUAAGCGGUUCGACGAGCAGUACUACUGCACCACCGACAGCUAACGUUCCUCCCACCAUGAAGCCGCCGACUACGUCGGUGGGUGAAUCAACGAUGGAAACACCGUGCAUCACUACGUCGUCGGCGCUGGGAAAACCACAGCUACCGAGUCUGUUCGAGGACGGUUACGACCCGACACAUCCAAGGCCGAACGAUAUUAGCAAGCUGAUCAUAACGCCCGAGCUGCGCAAAUUUAACAUAAACCCGUCGCGCUACAAGAUGCCAUCGACGCCCGAUCUCGACUAUCUGCCCGAGUUGGCCACACCGGACCGGGAAGACUUCCUGGUCCAUCACGGUAUUAAUCUGCGCCCGACGGCAGUAAAUAUUGGCGCAAUGCGGGCCGCACCUAGCACACCGGAAACGCCCGAGACGAACAAACGCUUCAGUGACUUCUAUCCGCUCUCCUCGCUGAAACAGCUCAGCACACCGGAAUCCUCCCAAACGGACAGUGAUGAUGUGUCGCCGCAAAUACAGCGCAAGCGCAAGAUCGUACACAAUCGCAUUUUGCCAAAAUUCUCCAUCUCGAUCGAGGAUGAUCAGAGCGGGCAUGAAACAUCCUCAUCCACGCCGUCCCAGAUCGUAACAUCGUCACCGUCGAGCUCGCUGCACAACCUAAGUGGCAGCAAUUCGCGGCAUAUCGUAAAAUCGGCAUCAGCACUUGGCCUGUCGCUAAUGACCUCAUCGGAUGAUUCGUCUUCUGCCGUCACCACCGCCGUUGGGCGGUCACUUGGAGGAGGCGGUGGCCAUAUAUCCCUAUCCGGGCGCAAUGCCACGGGAACGACCGCUUCCAACCUGUCUUCCUCUUCCGGGUGCAGUACGGGCGGUAUCGCGUCCUCCACGAUGCAUUCGGCGGGCAAUUGUUCCAGCACGGCCAGCUCGCGUGAUACCUCGCCCUGUCGCGAGCUAAGCCCUCUAGUCACCAACCUAAAGCCACCGCUCAUCAUCAAGCGGGGCCCGCGUGGAUUUGGCUUUACCGUGCACACGAUACGGGUGUACUACGGCGAUACAGAUUUCUAUACCAUGCAUCACCUAGUGAUGGCCGUCGAUGAGGGCAGUCCCGCGUUCGAAGCCGGUCUCCGUCCAGCGGAUCUGAUCACGCACGUGAACGGUGAAGCCGUGCAGGGGCUGUACCAUACGCAAGUUUUACAGCUGCUGCUUAGUGGAUCCGAGCUGGUGAGCCUCCGGGCAACGCCACUCGAACAUACGAGCAUUCAAACCGGUGGUCGCAAGCGUGAACCGUGGCAGAGCAAAUUUGCCAAGAAGUCAACGCACAGCCGGCGCAAGCAGAAGAAAGACAACGAGAAAAAGCGCAAGGCUUCACUGUUCCGGCGGAUCAGCAGCAAGCGUGCCAGUGCCGAGAUGCAGCAGAUGGUGGCGGGAAUACAAUCGCCGACAUCGGCCGUUCCGCCAAGUCGAAGCUUCCAAUCGUUAGCCCGAUUCCAGGGCAGUCAGCCGAACUUGCUUCAGCCCGGUAUGGGACCGGUGGUAGGAUCUCCCGGCGGAUUGCCCGUCCCCGGUGCUAUUCCCCAUCCUGCCGGAAUACAAUCCCCGGUUGGAGUGGCACCGGGAGUGGGCCUACCACAGUCAACUCUUGCAGCGGCGGUUAGCUCGCCGGUGAAUAGGCUAAGCCUCUCACCGUUGAACUCGGCCGGAACGCUUUACAAUCCAACGCUUCCGUCGCCGGGAUCACCCAGUACGUCCGCGCCAAGCACUCCAACCGGCAGCGGUACACUCGGAUACAACGACGGUGCGCCACUGUAUCAGCGACCGUCAACGUUGCAUGUGCUGAAGCACAAACUGCACUCGUCACCUUGUGCUAGCAAUAAAGCGCUUCACUCCGCAGCCGCUGCCGGUGGCCGUCCCUCCAAUCGUCGAAAAUCGGCCGACCAUAUGCCACUGUCGCCGCUCGCCCGUACGCCCAGUCCUUCGCCGCUGCCCGCUUCACCGACGCGUUCGUCCAGCCCGCUUGCAUUCCCGGUUGUGCAUCCGCUCGGCGCUUCCAACACGACGCAAUCGUACAGUCCCGGUGGACUUCCGGCUGCCGCCGGUAUCGGCAUCGUAACCGGCCUUCCGUCCGCCGUCGUACCCGGUAUUGUGGCCGGUGGUAUCGGCGGAUCACCUACACCGCCGACGAAGAAAGGAUUCCCGCGGGCGAAGACAGCCGAACCCAGCUCUCCAUUGCUGCGUCGCGCGUUGUCUCCCGAUCGGUUGCAUCCACGCAGUGCCGCCGAGAGUAAAUGUGUCCUGUCGCCGCUCUGUUGCAACACCUCGCUGAAAACGACGCCCCGUACCGUAUCCGGAAUAUGGCGAUCGAAUCAAAACUCCACCAUUACGACGGCUGCUGGCAAUGGAGCUGCUGGUGGCGUACAACUGACAGCGUCCUGUGGAGGCAACAUCACAGCGGAACCUUCUAUCGCAACGGUGUCUCAGAACAGCGUCAACAAUAACAACAAUCCGCAACCGGCAACGGCUGGUGGUGAAUCGACAGCCGGAACGGGAAAAGUAUCCGGUGGAACUCCUGCUUCGCGCAGUACCACGGCGUCCUCUGGUGGGAAAGCUGCGGCUCAGUUGGGUACAUCCGUAAGCAGCACUGCGGCCAAAGAGGAUCACAUCAAAUCGUCCACGGACAAGCUCGUGCCGCUGAUGGAGAAGAUGGCAAUCAAAGAUGGGGAAGCGUCGAGCACGACCAGCAUCAACAAUAAUGGCGGUGGCGGCAACGGUGUUAGCAAGAAAACGAAAGAGUAAACGUGUGCGCAAGCUUUCUAAUGUUGAGCUGAUGAAACAGGGCAAGUUGAAUGAUUGAUUUAAUCCACAGUUUUGGGACGAUGUGCUUUUUUUUAUUAGAAUUGUUCCCACUCGGUUGAUUAACACGUGGAUGUGGAGCGAUACUGUGGAUUCGUGUUCCGUGAUGAUGAAACAAUGAAGUGUGAUCGACAACGUUUUUUGCUUUAGGUGUGUACAAUUUUAAAACUAUAAGCCCCCGGGUUCCCCUUUCGCAUCUGUUAUGUUUAACCUUAUGUUAGCGAUACGUUUUAGUGCUUCAUAUCAUUAGCUGUCGGCGGAAUCGCGAUAUCAUUAUUAUUAUUUUAUUAUUACUAGUAUGUGUAUAAUUAUUAUUUUGUGCGUAAGAAUUGCAUCCCCCCAUGUUUACACUGCUCAACAUUAUUUUAAAUGUCCAUUGAAACUUCGAUUUCAUCGCGUGCGCUAAGCAAACGAAAUAAAAUCAUUAACGAAACGGAACAGAUUUAGCCCCCGUCUAUUUCGCAAGUUGCGGAACACAUCGUUGUGCGAUCGUGUGGUGGUAAAGUGACAGCAUAUGACUGAUCAACAGGUUUAUCAAUGUUAACGGACGAGAUGAGAUCGACCGAUAGGGGAACCUAUUUAUCGUUCCAAAAAAAAAAAACAUAAUCUUACUGUGUGAUAUCUUGAUCUUGGGACGUAGUCGAAAUGGUACAUCAAUAAAUUUAAUCGGUCUGUACGCAAACAGUGAACGCCCCAGAACGAAUGCAUAAGCAAAACCGGUCAGCAAAUUGUUUGGGAAUCGAUCGUUGGGAAAGAAAAUCGACCGUCGCGCGCUUACUCACUAUGUGUAAUAGACGUAAACCAGUGUUGCAAGCUAUCAAAACUGCACUAAUUGUAGCCACCAACCUUUCAUUCCAUUGGGGAAAACGAUAGUCCUUUUUAAAGUCCUCACAGAGAAGUCUAUCCAAUUGGCGCUAAUUGGUUUGGUUUGAUGCAGCAAAGAAUUGACGCACUCGCACUUAGAAGAAAACAAAACAGUGACACAGUGAUUGGUUAAUAGUGAGGUAGAGUAGCGUGAUAGAACAGUCGUACCAUUUUCGUUGCUUGCAGCGAAAUGUUUCAUUUUCAUUACCUUGUUCUCGCCCCAGCAAGUCUAAGCCAGCUAGAUUCUCAAAAGCAAAACUGUUUCGAUAAUAAAUGUCUCCCAUUUCGUCCUUCCAGCGUGUUUGUGAGAUUUGCCGCAUGUAUUUUCUUCCUUUAAAUUGUUGCAUUUUAAUAUUACAUGGAUGGAAACUUAUAGUACUUAUAGACGAGUUUGUUAACAUUCUCCCACACUCCACACGAUCAAUAUAAACGCCCUAAUGGGCGGCACACUCAGCAUAGUAAGAUAGCGUACAGAAGACUAACAAUAGCAUAGCCAACGACAGCUAAAUGCAAUAUAUCCCUUGUCCUUGAUGUGAAACUAAGCGAGUAGUAUUUCAACCGGCAACAGUAAUAAAUGAUGAAAACACUCACAAACAAACAAAUAAAUACAACUCUUUAAAUAGUGCAAUAUUAGUGAACGGUGUGCAACACACAAUGCAUGUUAUAUGGCGAGAUGAUGGUGAGGAGAAAAGAAUACAGAGUAGAUAAACGCAAUAACCACAAUCAAACCGAACGAAAGAUAGAGCUAAACCACUUUAAUAAAACAAAACAAAACAAAACAAAACAAAAAACAUUAAAACAAUAAUUCCAAACAACUACAAAAACAGGAGAAAAAGUUUAUAUUUAAAUGGUUUCCGAUAGUCUCUCGCGCAUGAGUACACCAGCGCGCCAGCGCAUUGAAUAUUGAUAUUGUUGGUUGAUCGAUUGUUUAGAUUUUGGAUUGGCGCGAUUAGGAAGAGGAAUUAGACGAUUGGAAUGAUACGCGAAUGAAGCUAUGACAAAGCCACCGAGAAGCGAAAAGUGUUGCAUCUUGUCCGAUACACUUGGCUGCAUGUAAAGGGAACGACAUAUUUAGUGAGAGUUAGACGGGACAGAAAGGACGGAUAGAAACAAUGUUUUGUGAUCUUUAAAACGUACAACCUCGAGUGGUUUAAUCAGUUCUCAUUCGCAUACAUAAGAUGAGUUUUCUCGUGAUGUGGGUUGUGUGUGUCAUGUGCGUGAACGAGCGUGAGUGUUUGAUUUGUAUUGUUUUCUGUUGUAAAUAAUGCUAGAUUUGAUGAGGUACGAUAGAAAAUACACAAAGGCAGUGAAAUAUUAUAAAGAAUCAUGCAAACACUGUAAUUGGAACACCUAGAAGGAGGUAGUUUUCUACACCGUGCGAAUGAAAUAGGGCGAUAGGGAAAAUGUUGUGUAGCGAUUAUGCCUGCUUCGAUUGAUUUUCACUCGCUCGGUACUCUCGGUUUUUUUCUCUCCCGUAUGCAUCCAUACUUUAAUGGUUCUGGUUCGCAUUGCACUACAAUGCACCAAGUGCUUCAGAGCUUUCCUUCGUUGAAACACGAAAACAAAACCACAUCCUACGCAAUAAACACACUGUGUGAGAAAAACAGAACACGUAAAAGACAUGAUGUGCUUACCAAAUGUACGAAAAGCUUGCAAAUAAUCAAUGGGAAACUUAAGCAAAACAGUGCGACACAGAUGUUAAGACGGUCGACAAAAAGGAGGAAUCCUUUCUGGUCCCUCACUGGUAAUGAGACUGGUCGCAAACUACCAUUGGGAGGGGCACAGUUAUGCAGUGAUCGAGACUCUUUCACUCCCCCCCUCCCCAUUACACAGACAGGGUCAGAACGAACGCAAACGAGCUCCUUCCUGAACUGAACUGAAACAACACUACAAUGUAAAUUGAAGAGCAAAUAUUAAGUGUACACCGACACGGCACGACAGCUGACCGAUUUGAAAUUACCAAUAAAAAUACUUAUCAAUGUUGCUGCAG